UUAUAUUCACUCAAACAAGUGCUUUCCUCCUCCCCCACACCUUUGUUCAGAGGUGCCUAGCAGCUCAUUCCCUCGCCUCUGCCUCCUCUGUCCUUCUGGGGCAGAGAAUCUCCACUGCAGAAAAAUGGUACAGCCAAAGAAGAAGUUUCGCGGAGUCAGGCAGCGGCACUGGGGUUCCUGGGUCUCUGAGAUCAGACACCCCCUACUCAAGAGGAGGGUGUGGCUGGGUACCUUUGAGACGGCCGAGGAAGCUGCACGAGCCUACGACGAGGCUGCUGUGUUGAUGAGUGGCCGCAAUGCCAAGACCAACUUCCCUGUGCAAAGGAACUCCACUGGUGAUCUUGCCAUAGCCGCAGACAGGGACAUCCGUAGCAAUGGCGGUAGCAGAAACUCCUCAGCAGGCAAUCUGUCCCAGAUUCUCAGUGCUAAGCUCCGGAAGUGCUGCAAGGCACCAUCUCCAUCCUUAACCUGCCUUCGCCUUGACCCUGAGAAGUCCCACAUUGGUGUGUGGCAGAAGCGUGCAGGGGCCCGUGCUGACUCCAACUGGGUGAUGACAGUAGAGCUUAACAAAGAGGCAGAAUCAACUGAACCUGCAGUUCAACCCACAUCAGCAGCAGCAGCUUCUCAGGCAACAAUGGAUGACGAGGAAAGGAUUGCCCUGCAAAUGAUUGAGGAGCUGCUGAGCAGGAGCAGUCCAGCUUCACCAUCACAUGGAGAGGGAGAGGGAAGCUUUGUCAUCUGAAAAGCUUGGAUGAAACAGCAUAAUGAAGUCACCACUCUAGAGUCUAGAUCAAGAUUCCAGAAUUCCUGCUGGUACACAGGCAAUUCAGAUUACAGUACAAUAGAAAUGUCUAGUACAGUAUUACUUGACGCAAGUAACAAGAUAUAUAUGUUUAAAACUAUGUGUAGCUAUAUGUGUUUAUGAAAAGCUUUAUAUAGUCAGUCUCCAUCAGCAUACUUUGUUACACAUCAACAUCAGUUAUAUAGUUUCUCAUAAAGGAAAUAAAUAUAUUGUUAUUCUGUGUUAGUGUUCGUCUUUUGUUCAGAUGCCGAUGUU